AUGACGUAUCCGAUCUCAUCUGCGGAUCGUCGCCAAUUUCUUAAAGAUUUUCUUGAAGAUGUUGUUCGAACUUUAAACAAUCCGAAUUUCGAAACUGUUCGGCACAUAUUUCCAAAUGCAAGUUUUGACCAGAUGGUCGAAUUAUAUAGUCAAAAGGACUUAUUGGCUCGAGAUUUUUAUGUGGCUGAAAAUGAUUUGAGAAUUUGUCGUGAAAUUUUAAGCUUUGAUAAUAUUCAACAUUUUUCUAAAACGUUAAAGAUCGCGAUCGAUCUUCAAGUUGUUUGUGAUUCGUUGAAACGUUGGAAGAGUACAAAGAAGUUUGUUAUGGAAUAUACAAUGAAUUUUUCUCACGCCUUAAUGGGAUAUUGGGCUCGACAUUAUCAAUUGAUGAAUCCGGAUGCUGAUAAUUGGGAUUGGGUGAUACCGGAAGCGAUGGAAUUACCAUCAAAUGAUUACACAGAACCAGAUCCAAGCAAGUUACCACCACUUCCUUCAAUCUUUGGAGGAGUCGUACCAGAACCUCCGGAAUACAAACCAUUAGCAAAUGAUCCAUCCAGCGUUUUCUUGCCUUAUUAUACACCAAAACGUACAUUAGAAGAUACGAACAACAAUCUUUAUAAACUAAAGAAAUCUAUGGAGCAAAAAUUAAAAGAUUGUAUAGAUAACAAAGAAGAUGAAAUCAUAAAUUGGUAUUCGAAAAGGUUGAGAGUUGUAGGAUUUUCUCCAAAAACACCAGAUUCGGAUCCAUUUACUUUUAGAGGAUUCGGUGGCGAUGAACCAGUGAUGGUGGCGACAGAAGAUGAUUCAUCUUUUAAUGGGAAUUUCGAACUUGAUUUUUCAUAA